UCCAUGGCGAAGAGUCGGAACCUGGAUGACAGUUGAGGAAGGGUGGAAAAAGAAAUGACAACGAAAACUUCGCUAAAGACAUCUUAACAUUUGUGAGAUGUUUGUAUGCAAGUUACCUUAUUGAUGUAACUUGUGUUUUUCUUAUUGUUCUGCUCAAUACAAUUAUUUAGCUUGUUUUGAUUACGUUAGUUUUUAGUUGUUAGCUAGUACUAGUUAGCUAGUGCUAACGUUGUCUAGUUACUGUACAGUAGCCAGCUUUCGUUCGCCGCUGUUGUGAUUAGCUAGCCUCGCUUGCUAAAAGCUAGCAAGUUAGUGCUAGGUAGCUAUACAGUAACAUUUGAUCUUUCUGUGGAGAUAGUUAACAUGUACCCCCAACAUAACAUUUCCAGAUAGCUAAAAGUAAGUUAUAACGAUAUGCUACCUAUUUAUCCUAGCUUAGCAUGCUGCUUGAAACUUAGUUGAUGGCUACUACUACUAGUUAUCAUAGCUAAUUCUAGCUAUUUUGUAAGCUAGCUAGUGAAUGUUAUCCACCCGUCCAGAUGCCCUAAAUAUGACAUGGCAUUUGUUUUGUUGACUUGGAAACAUUUGCGUUGUACGCCGUUACUUUUAACAGUGCCAGAAUUAUAACUGGCAAUCUAGAUAGCUAGUAAUUAUGGCUCAAAUAGAGAAUGGUCGUCAGUCAGUCGACACAACCAGCAUCAGGACUAGUAUUGGCAGUCAUGUUGACGACGAGAGCUCCCUUGGAUCCGACUCAGAGAUCAACGGCUUCACCAGCAGCAGGCAUCCCGAUAAAUAUGGAUUUAUCGGUGGAGCACAACAGUAUUCUGAAGACUCGGCCCAGGAUGUCCCUCCAGAGGUGUUGAGACAGAGGGAGGUCAAGUGGCUGGACAUGCUCAGCCACUGGGACAAGUGGAUGGCCAAGAGACACAACAAGGUGAGACUGCGAUGCCAGAAGGGGAUCCCUCCGUCCCUGCGAGGUCGUGCUUGGCUCUACCUGUCCGGGGGAAAGGUGAAGAGAGAGCAGAACCACGGAAAGUUCCAGGAGCUCGACAGCCAGGCAGGAGACCCUAAGUGGAUGGAUGUGAUAGAGAAGGAUCUGCACCGGCAGUUUCCCUUCCACGAGAUGUUUGUGUCGCGAGGAGGACAUGGGCAGCAGGACCUGUUCCGUGUCCUGAAGGCCUACACGCUGCACAGGCCAGACGAGGGCUACUGCCAGGCCCAGGCGCCCAUCGCCGCCGUGCUGCUCAUGCACAUGCCCGCCGAGGAUGCCUUCUGGGGGCUGGUCCAAAUCUGUGAGAAGUACCUUCCUGGUUACUACAGCGCUGGCCUGGAGGCUAUCCAGUUAGACGGGGAGAUUCUGUUUGCCUUGCUGCGCCGAGUCUGUCCGCUAGGCUACCGUCACCUGGAGAAGCACAAGAUCGACCCCAUCAUCUACAUGACCGAAUGGUUCAUGUGUGCCUUCUCCAGGACCCUGCCCUGGGCCUCCGUGCUGCGCGUGUGGGACAUGUUUCUUUGCGAUGGUGUGAAGAUCAUCUUCAGGGUGGGCCUGGUGCUGCUGAAGAGCAUGCUGGGAACCCGCGAGAAGCUCAAGGCGUGUCAGGGCCAGUACGAGACCAUGGAGCUACUCCGGGCCAUAGAGGCUCGCUACAUGCAGGAGGGCUUCCUCGUACGAGAGGUCCUGGAGGUCCCCGUGUCGGAGCGCGACGUGGAGCGCGAGCACCACUCUCAGCUGAAGCGCUGGAGGAAGACCCGCGGCGAGCUGCACUGCAAGUGCCCCCCCAGGAUGCACGGCGCCCGGGCCAUCAUGUCGGCCGAGCCGCACAGCCGCCAGGACCUGCGGCAGCUGCCCACCAUCGUGGUGGAGUCCCCCGUGCCCGCCGCCCAGCCCUCCGCCGCCCACAAGGCGGAGAAGAAGAACAAGGAGGAGAAGAAGAACAGGGAGGAGAGGAAGAGCAAGAAGAGAGGAAGCCUGAUGAGGAAGACUCCCGUCCCCGUCGUGCAGGUCCCCAACCCCUACCCUCUACUGGGCGACCCUCAGCCCCCACCACCAGACCCACCAGCCCAGCCCGCCAGUGUCGAGCAGACCCCGCCCCCACAGGCCGUGACAGACCCUCCCCCUCAGCCUCCGUCUCCUAAAGACACAGCCCCAGCCAAAGAGUCUCUCCUCCAGCACUCCACACAGAGCCUCAACAGCGCCGAGGACACCUACCUGUGACUGUCCCUGUGACCACAGCCCGGGGCGCCAUGUCCAAGACUCAGCAAGACGGGAAUGAGAGGAGGGGGGGCAGUAGCUGGUGAAUGUGCCUCUACAGAUUCACUCUGUAUCCCACUGCAUGCCAAUUAAGCCUCUCUCUCUCUCUUUCUCAUCGGGCAUUCACAUAUGCAGCGGCGUGGCGGAGAGUUCCGGAACUGUCUAACAUUGGUGGUUGGGGGAGGAGCGUAUUCUAAAGUUGAAAGACGUUUUAAAGGCCGUGAUCUAUUUUUUUUUUUUACUCACACUCUCUUGGUUGGAUCCUCGCUGGCAGCUUAGUGGGAAUAGGGGUUGUGGGCCUAGUUCGGUUAGCCUUAUGAAACUCAUGGUUGUCUUAGUUACGCUAGCCGUCGGUUCACUUUGACUACUGCCCCUACCGAUGUCACUCGUCCACUAAUGCCCUCGUUAACAAGUGACAAACUCGUGCUGUGUGCGGGAAUUGUUGCGUAAUUGGAACCGGGAAUGUGAUAUGGUAUCUAUAGGUAGCUUUGUUAGAUAGACACGUUUGGUAACCUAAAGGAGGGGUGGAGACACAUACAAACUGUAGAUGCCAGUUGGUUGUAACUCAGUGAGCGAAACGUAACUAGCCAGCAAGCUGCACGCCACUUCCAGAUUGGUCAACACCCACACAGGGCUUUGAGCUGGGACCAGCACAGCGUUGCAGAACGUACAAUCCACACGCCUCCACACUGAAUAUGUGAAUGCCCUCCCAGUCAGCAAGACACUAGCACAAAUACCAGCCACACACCAGCCAAUCAUGUCCAGGUUUGCCAUGACCCUUUCCAUUAACCAAUCAUAUUCUUCUUAACAAGCUUUGAAAGACACUGUAUUGCCUCUUGCCAGGUUUCUUUUUCUUAGUUGCGUAUUCUGACCCGUAGGUGUCACCUGACCUUCUGUGCAGGUGGAGAUUCAUUUUGAAACGGGAAUUGGAAAGGUAAUCGUGGCCAUAUUUGAAGGCUAGUGAGGAGUGGCAUGUUCCUUUGCGGCUUACUCUAAAGCUUUGAUACUAACCCUCUACAGCUCAAAUGUAGCUCACCUUAUUCCAACUUCAGUUCACUGCAUUGCUUCAGCAUAGGUGUGAACCCUUGCUCCUACCUAUGCCUCUUAA